AUGUCCACCAAAAGUAGGGCGUCUCGGAGGAUUGACCUCCUGUUUACAAGUCUCGUGGCAAACCCGCCAACAGCACUGCUGAAGAACAGUCAAGGUGAAGUGAACGAUGAAGUUUUAGAGGAGUUUAGAGUCCGACACCUUGGAAUGGAUCUAGAAAGCCUAUGUAAUCAUAAUCAUGGAGCUUUACCGUCCUUUGAGCCUAUGUCUAUUGAAGAGCUCAAAAACCACCCGAUUUGUCCAGGUCUGCUAGACCACGAAGAAGCAUCAAACCUGUACUUCCGGGAGUAUAACCCCCCUCAAAAUGCAGACGCUCACCAAAGCACUUGUUGGAAACCACGUGUAUGCUCUCGCAUUGUUCUCGAUUAUUUCAUCAACUACUUAUUAGGGGGGUUCCCGAGAGACCUCCCGCUGUGUGUGCGUUCAAUCGCCCACAAGCGUCAGUUAAGCAGGAUAAGCAUGCCGAAUCCUUUCCUUCUUGGGGGUGCGCUACGAGGUGCUUACCCGACUAUACAUGAUGAGUGGGUAGCCGGCCUGAAGCUGGAGCCAGAACCAGUCAAUAAUUGUGUCUCUCCACACGUGAUACUGGGCGUAUCCCAGUCCUACGAUGGACAUGAAGGGCAAAUGCUCUUCGGCGAAUUGGCGCCAAUGAUCACAGCUAUGUAUAACAGGGCACGCCAGCCUGAGGUAUCCAACGAAGAUCAGGAGUCCCUCUUUAAUACGCCAGAAGAGAUCACCCAGCACAAGUUACAAUUUCCGAACGAAGUGCACUUCCCUGUGAUCGUUUUGUCUUUUCUGGGCCCACAACACGGGCGGAUCUUUCAUGGACAGAUGGAGGACGGCGAGCUCAUCAUUCGCCAGUCAAGGCUUUACAGUUUCAAACACAUGGAGAGUGCACCAUUUGAUUUAUUCGCCAGCAUUGCGCUCAGUAAGCCAUUACAUACUACUAGUAUGUAA